UUUGAUAGAGGAGAAAUCAGAUUGUCCAGAUAGGGAAUCAUUGUCAAUUGACAUGGUUCCGGUAUUGUCAGCAACCAACGUAUGCUAAAACUUCAUAUCAUAAUAAGGCAAAAUCUUCAAACUUGAAAUGUGCUCUCAGGUUUCGUCAACAGAAAAGACUGAGGAAACAUGAUCUAGUAGUCAUGCCAAUAACUGUAUAAACGUUCUAAAGAGCAAAAAAGAUGAAAUCGCGUAGAGAUCCGAUGUUAGAUUUGGCAAUGCUGUUGGCCGUCAGUUUAACUUUCUGUGUGCAUCCGACAUUGCAGCAAGCCAAUCAAACGAACACGACUAAUAACACAACAAGCUCUACGAUUUCUCCUUUCACGAAUGUUGUCUCAACAGUUAAACCAACAACACAAGCAAGUUCUAAAGCCUGCCUUUGGGGAAGGGAUGUCUGGCGAAUAUGUUGGAGGAACAGCCCGCCGUAUGUCUUCAAUAAUAAAAAUAAAAGCGACGUGACUGGGAUUCUAAUCGAAGUUUUGACUAAAGGAUUAGGUAUUUGCGGAUGCAGCACCAAGUUAAACUUCACAAUGGCCAACAGUUAUGAAGAUUUUUUAAACUGUUCAAAGUCAGAUUCUAUUGACAUUGCCCUGCCAUUUCCUGAAAAUAAAGCUGCUUUGCGAACAUGGCUUUACACCGUUGUCGAUUCUCCUAACAUCUACCUGCUUCUAAAUCGAAAAACUGUCGAAACUGAAGCAAAAGACCGUGUAUUAUCUGAGUUUUUUUCAGUUUGGACAAUUGCUGUUUUGACGGUGCUUUUGGCCAUUAUAUUUGGAAUAAUAGUCUGGUUUUUGGACAUGAAAUGGAAUACCGAGGAAUUCCCGGCGUCCUUUGUACCAGGAUCACUCGAAGGGAUAUGGUGGUCUUUUGUUACCUUGACAACRGUUGGAUACGGUGAUAAGACUCCUAAAUUCCCGGUGGCAAGGAUUUUGGCUGUAGUAUGGAUGUUCAUAGGCAUGGCAAUGAUUUCUCUGCUUACAGCAACAAUGACCAAAGCGUUAACAACAGCAGUCUUUGACUAUCAARCUUAUAUACAAUCAAAAAAUAGGAUUGGAGUGUUGAACCAUAGCUACACCUUCAAUGAAGCUGUUAAGAAAGGACUCAAGAUACAAGUAUUUCCCAACUUGGAGGAAAUGUACACAACCCUUGAUGAUCCAAAUAACAAARAGAUUGGAGGCAUUCUUGUCGACAUAUUUGUAGCGACCUACGUCAAGAACAACCGAGAGCGCUUCAAACUGAGCAAUACUCUUUUUAUGGCCAAAUCGUUCGAUGUCGUGUAYCCCCUUGCGUUCUAUCUGUCUCGAGGAGUCACACGCAAAAUGCUUUYCRGUCCAAGUCUGCCAUACAAYCAUUUCAGCUAUUGUUUUUCCAAGACGUUUYUAACAACAAACCAGCAAAUCAACGUUUAUGCAAUCGUAGACAAGUACAUCCAGCUGCGUCCCUCAGGAUCUAAUAACCAAGAAUCAGAAAAUGGAAUCAAGUUCGAAAUUGACUUGUUUAAACAAACUGAAAAGACGUUCCUUGAUGGUGUUAAAAUACUCAGUGGAGUACUUGGAGUUCUCAUAAUAUUGGGAUUCCUUUGGCAAAUCGUUUAUUUCCGACGAUCUCAGAGUGAAAGCUUCAUAAGGAAAUCAAAAGGUGGAGAUAUUGAAUCAAUCGACAUGACUUCACGGAAUCACAGARCGAAUAAAAAGAUCAACGUUAUGAUGGAAAAAUUGCACGAAGUCGACAAAGCACUGAAUACUCUUUCUGAGUUCAGGGAAAUGUUGGAACAAUACAAAAGAGAAUCUAAUAGAUAUGAUUCAGGGAUUGUUAAUGGUGCAGCUCAAAAUGACCCAGCAGGGGCGUCAAUAAAUAAAGGCUUCAGUUUGAAACCAAACAACAUGUAAMAUGUUCCAGACAACGUGGACAAACUCUUAGYGUUUUUUUACUCGUUAUAAAUACCAUACAUGGUACAAACUAUGAAGCAUAGUUGUGUAAAGGAUUUUAUAUACAACAGAACGGACCCAAUGGCUUUAGUUACUUAAGGCGCACAUUAAUUUACAAACGCUUAAUUAAAGACGUACAUCUCAUUUGUAUCUCAGUUGUAAUUAAUAUUAACCAAUUUUUUUUGUAAACGUUUAAUUUGAUUUCAAAAUAGAAAAUAAAAACUUAGAUAAACGAGUAUUUAUUAGAUCAUUGUAUUGGGCUUCCUGUGGCCCGAGUAUCAACACAAUCUCCUCAUCCUUUCCACUGCUUCAUAUUAUUCCCAGUGUAAUUCUGCACUAGACGUAUAGAGAGUGAUUGACAAAUGUUUUCAUGGUAUAAUCACAUUAAUAGAUCUAUAGUCUACAGAAAAAAAAGAAAAACUGAAAAAAAAAGAACACGACCCAGCUGUGACUCGAACCCAUGGUGACAAAGUCGAAAAAGAUUGGGACGAUUCCCCCGAGACAUUCUGUGAAGCUGAGGCGUCGAAUCGAUUUACAUUCCGGUUAGAGAU